CAUAACCUGAAAAAUAGUCGUGCAGUGUUUCUCGAAGUAUGAAACAAUAUCGAACGUCACAUUAGAUUUAAUAGGAAAAAGAUGUGGAAAACAGUGCAAAUCGGCAAAAGAAUACUAGGUCAAGCUAAAUCAGUGUCUCGUGCGAGAAGAACAUUUCUAUCUGAAGCAUAUCAAUGUCGUGAAGCUUGGGAUCGCCGGCUUCAAUCGCCGAUCAUCAAGAAAAUCGACCCAUCAUUAUUUUUCAACGAAUUGGAUCAAAAGCUUCAAACUGUCGGUAAAUGUAGCGGAAUUGACGUUGAUAUUUUUGCGAAUGCUAUUAUUACUGAUGAGCAAUUAGAAGAACUUAUGAAUAUAGUUUAUCGUGUUCGUUUGACUCCGGAGGCGAGUAACGUACUACCUUCCACAUCACACGCCUUCAUCAGAGCUUUCUUGAAUUCUCCUAAAGCAGGAGAGGUUGUUGAAAUUCUACAUGAUCGAUUAAAUUAUGGGAUCUUCCCAGACCAUUUCACUUUCAAUUUACUUAUGGACACCUUUAUCAAACAAAAGGAAUUUGCAUUGGCUGCUAAUGUUGCCUCACUAUUAAUGCUCCAAGAAGAUGAUGAACAUCCUAUCUGCAAUGCACUUGCUGUAUAUUCAUGUCACAUGUUCUUAAAAAAUCCUAUCGGCUGGGAAUUGCCUGAGCCAGAAGUUGAUGAUACAGAGGAAAUAAAAAUAAGAGUACCUUAUCUUAGAAAUCCAUAUUUCGAUGAUCAUUUUGAUCUUGUGGAACCUAGACAUCUUGUUGGGAAAACUUUAGAUUUCUUUGGUAAAAAGAUCAAGGAUGAUACAACACUAGGAAGAACGUUGCGUUUGCGUGGUUUAAUUUUAUUUGGAAAAUAUGAUCGAUUGUCAGAAUUGAUCAAAGAAUGGUCCAGUCAACAAGAUGGUGUUUAUGAAGAAAUUCUUGAAUUAAUUCAAAAGGACUUAGACAAAUUUACUGUACCAGAAGAGGCAGAGAAGAUUGAAAAGUUGAAGGAUGAUUUAAAAAAUCUCAAUGGUGCAUCGCUAAAGAAAGGAAACUUAACAGAAAUCAUUGAAAAAAGAGUCAAGGAUGCGAUUGAACUGCAAGCAGAAAGGGACAUCUCAAAACAGUGCGAAAUUUACGAUGAAUGGGAAAAGACAAGACAAUCCAUACUUGAAGCACACUUGGAUGAAUUGCAAAAGCAGGCCAGACUGAAAAACGUGGAAAAAAUCAAGAAAGACUUGGAGGAACGUGAACGUAUUUUAACUUUCUUCGAACAAGAGGAAGAAAUAGAACUUGAAAUAGAAAAGUUGGAAAGUAAAGAAGAAAAGAUAGACAUGACGAGUAAACAGGCGAGGCGGGUCUUCCGUGUUGAUGAAAAUUAUGUACCGCCCCAGAUUGUCAAACGAUCUUGAAUAAUUGAGCUAUUAUAGUAGAAUAAAAAGUUGUUAUUUAAGUUACCAAAAAAUUCUUCAUAUACUUCAAUAAUUUUGAGUUUUACCUCCUGCAACUCUACGUAACUAUCCUGGGAAUAAAUUUCCUACUACAAAAUAAAUAAUUCACAA